UAUACAUAAUGACGAUUUGUAUAAAUUGUUUUAAACUUUCAUCACAUAUCAAUAAUAAAUUCAACCAACAUGUUCAAGGGAACAAAGAAUUACAUCAGGAUGACGACUGCUCCAACUGCUUCAGAAGCAGCAUCCAAGUUGAUCAGCUCAGAUUUGAAAGAAAUCGGAGACGCCACCAUGAAACUAGCCGAUCAUGUCAUGAAGCUCGGAGUCACCGGUGGUUUCAUUAACACCAGUCUUCAAUGUUUCGCUUGCUUCGUCGUCAUUUAUUUGCUGCUACUAGAUCGAACAAACUGGAGGACGAACAUAUCUAGUGUACUUUUGCUCCCUUACAUCUUGUUGACUUAUCCUAACUGGCUCUUCGAAAAUUUACACUUCGCAGCCCGCUAUGUCAGAUCAGGGUGGAUCGGUGUACUAAUGUGCUUGAGUAUCGGAUUCUAUUUGCUUCAAGAACACAUCAGAGCUUCUGGAGGAUUCAGGAAUGCAUUCACCAAAAGCAACGGAAUUUCCAAUUCCAUGGGUAUCUUCCUCUUAUUUUUCUUCCCAGUUUGGGUUUUGAUCGGCUUACUGUAAUUCAACACCAAGUCUUUGCUAGUGUGAGAUGUUUUGUGCUUUUUGUGACUGUGAAUUCGUUGAUCAUUCAUGAAUGAUGAAUCCUUCCAUUGAUGGAUUGAAUUGUUGAAACUUUAAAUGGUAUAUUCUAUGGUUUUGUUUGCU